AUGUCAUUAACGAAACUAUCACCGUCAAAAGUUAACGAAUUCAAUUUCGUCGUUGAUGCUUUUAUUUCAUACACCGCUUUAUCAAUAGUUUUUGGCUCACCUUCUUUAGAAGCAUAUGAAACAUUAAUGAAUGAAUUAUAUGUAUUCGUGAAUGAGUUAAAAUCAAUGAUUUUCAUUAAUGACGCCUUUAAUGAUUCAUUAACUGUUGAAUCCCUUAAAACAAUUACUGAACUGUCAUGGGCUUCGCCCUGGUCGCUUCGGUCUGAAAGACCUUCAGGACUCAAAGAGUCCGUUUGCGACUUUAUGAAAGGUACACUGCAAACCGUCGAGUUUGGAUCAAAUGCUGUAGUUGGUGCAGGAAUAUUAAUGAUAUAA